AUGGCUAAAGAGUUUGCUGAGAGAUACACUGCAAGGGCGGGGGAUGCGAUUGUUAAACCUUCAGACGAUCACUUUUGGUUCCACAAGCCCGAAUCACUUCUCUUUCUUACUCAUAUCAUAGUGUUCCAAAAUUCUUUUCAACUGGCGUUUUGCUUCUGGAAAUGGUAUCAAUAUCGUUUUGAUUCCUGCAUGAUGGGGGAAGUUGGUUAUGUUAUUCCGAGACUCGCUAUUGGAGCAUUCAUUCAAUUACUCUGCAGUUACAGCAUCUUCCCAUUGCAUGCAAUUGUCACACAGCCGGCCAUAUUUGAAGCGUUUGAUACUGCAAGGAGCAUUGCUCGCUGGCAUCAGGCUGUAAAAAGGAGCCGGGCAUUGAGAAAAGCUGCUAUCAGUGAUGAGUCGUUUGAUAGUGCAAGGAGCAUUGCUCGCUGGCAUCAGGCUGUAAAAAGGCGCCGGGCAUUGAGAAAAGCUGCUAGCAGUAUUGAGUUUAGGCAAGAUGAUGCCGAUCAGGCUUCUGUCGUAGUUCGGUGGUUUGAAGUAAAAAAUCAUGAGUCUUCGCUAAACAAUGGCACCGACGUAAGAAAUUGA